AUGGAAUUAGCUAAGCAUUUUAUUCGAACAAAUAUAGAACCCGAAUGGAUGGUUUUAUGUCUAUUACCUGUUCUUCCUCCCGAGCUGAGACCGAUCAUUCAGAUAGAUGGGGGUAAACUAAUGAGCUCGGAUAUUAAUGAACUCUAUAGAAGAGUUAUCUAUCGGAACAAUACUCUUAUUGAUCUAUUAACAACAAGUAGAUCUACGCCAGGAGAAUUAGUAAUGUGUCAGGAGAAAUUGGUACAAGAAGCCGUGGAUACACUUCUUGAUAAUGGAAUCCGCGGACAACCAAUGAGGGAUGGCCAUAAUAAGGUUUACAAGCGAUGUAAUUGA